CCGUUCCCACACCGGCCUCGUCCAGAAACACCUGCCCGGCCCCCGUCCACCUUUGUCUUGGGAAAAAGUCGUCGUCUCUGUUUAUUCCUCCCCCGGCAGCAUCAAUAAUGAUGAUCACCAGCGCCAGCCUCUCCCCGAGCCUGUCAUGGGACGACUUCAAAUCAACACACAUCCACCCGGACGUCGAGGGCGACUGGGAGCUCGUCGGCAUCCUCCCCGUCGUCUCGAUCGAGUCUAAUCUGAACGGCAGCAACGCCAGCAAUACCAGCAACGCCAGCAUCACCGCGAGCUCGCCCUCCCUUGGCCCGUCGCCACAUGGCUCUCGCAUUCGCCAUGCGGCCGGCACCAUCAGCGACGACGACGAUUCGAGUUUCCCAGGAGACCUGGACUCUGAACUGGCCGAGGAGCUCGACUCGUUCCUGAGUCUGGCUCUCGACCACUUGCAGCCGCACAAGCGACCUGCUUCCCGUCGACCGUCACUUUCUCGCAGCAGCGAAACUGGCCAGGAUGGCAAUCGGUCCAGCGCCGCAGACUCGCUCAUGGUGAUUGAUCUGCCACCGACACUAUCGUCCGACACAUUCGAUGCAUCUUUUGACUCCCCCGAACCAACGCUCAUGUGGCCGCAAUGGGAGUUUCCGGCCCUCGGCGACUCUGUCAGCGCACACAAGCACAUGAUUGCUGUCUCGGAGCUGCCGAGCUUCUCCCUCGACCUCACCCGGCCGACAUCCAAGAUGGAUCUGUUCUCGAGUGUUGUGCUCCUCGCCGAGACCGUCAGCGCGCUGUGCGCACCGCUGGAGGAAUUCGGGGCGACCGAGCUCAUGGACAUGAUGCUAUGGUGAAGCGUCUUUGACGAAUUCGCACUCGCAUCCAUGUCCCCUCCCCUCAUCUGCACCCUAAUCCUCGAUCAUAUUUCAUAAACGCCGGUUUGUGCGCAUAGACUUUUCUCUCGAGUGUCAUGCCAUGCCCCGUCUCCGUGCGCUUCCAUCGUACUGCAACUCUCGUCUGCAACGCUAAUGAGCACUAUCAGUGCCGCGUCGUCUACAGCUUGCGCGGAAUGAAACGGGACACCCUCCACAUUACGGUCGGGGGGGGGGCGAUUUUACUUGGCUUCUGUUCUCACUGGAUCUUGAAUAUGAUGAAUGCGCCACUGCUCAAUACAGCCACACUCCUUUCCGACAGA